AUGGAAUUCCAUCCGAAAGCAGCACAAAAUAGUGCCACAACACCGCUAAAGACACACAACUUAGCUGGUAUAUUCCACAAGUUCCCACAACUGCCUCUGGAACUGCGCUUCCUCAUCUGGGAACAAGCUCUGUACCAGCUAGACGCUGAAGGGCAGCCGCUGUUUGUCAAGCUCCCGCAAACCUUGGAGAAGGAAGCUGCCACACAAGAUGCAGUCGAAAAGGCCAGGAAACCUUCAAAAAAUUUGAAUUCCUCAAAGCAUACGCCCAGGGAUUGCAAAAAAUAUUCAGUGCAUGGCACGCCUUCAAUGCAUUUCGUUGAUGCCAAUCUUUGGCUGGCGUGUAAAGAGUCUCAGACGGCAUUGAAGAAGGCCAUCAAAGACUGCGUACGCAAAAAUUCCGGGAACAAGACGUUCAAGAUCUCUGGUAGUCAAAAUCUACUAGGGACGCUAGAUGCAGACAGCAGCUCCGCCGACGAAACAGACCCAUCAACGACCGGUCAAAUUCGGCAACGAAAAGCAGAUGGAUGGGCAUCUGCCGUGACCUUCAACUGUAGAAUCUUCUGCUAUCAGCUUUGGAAAGAUAAGGAGGCGGCCAGACGAAGGCCUCUUCGUUUCCCUUUCGAAAGCACCAGUCCCGGUUUCCGGGCAGAGUUGAUGGGCACCCAGGGUAUGGUCUUCGAGUAUGAUUACUCCUGGAUGUUCAACUCUUGUAAGGAAUCGGUAGUGUCUCUCAUGGACCAGAAAGAUAUUAGAGGCUACUUCUUGGAAGCCGCGAACAAUGAGGAUGAGUACGACCAGACGCAAAUCUAUCUCAUCGACUAUGGUAUCUGCCUAAAGCCUGGUGCUCAAAUUCGUAAGUCUUAUAGCUGCGGCGACCGCAGGUUUAAUGAAGUCUGCUACUCUGAUUUUGAUAUGGGCAGAAGUAGGCCUUUGGGGGCGAAAGACUUCCUCGAAGAGGUUCACAAUUGGGCACAAGAUUGGGCAGAUAGAAAUGGUCCAAGACUGAUGCGCGAACCAAGCUUUUGGACGUUAAGACAUAUAUUCGGUCGUGUUCGUGUCCUUGUUUGCGAGUUAGCUCAAUAG